AGGCACAUUUACUGAUGAGCAGCAAGAAGUUUUUUAUCAGGAGAGUUUAUCGGGUUUAUUAGAGAAAAUGCCGUUCAAACUGGUCAUUUUCUUGUGCUUCUGGGAAGCUGUUGCCAACGCUGAUUUAAAAGAGCUGAAACUGGAGGCGGAUAAGCCACUUGAGCGUGUGGCUCUCUCCCAUGAAGCCACCAUCCGUUGCUGCUACCACUGGAACAAGAAACCCCAUGUCACCUGGAUCAUAAAUAUUCAAAACACCAAUGGUACCACAAUGCCCAGUAUAGUAAAUCAGUCCGAAGAUGUAAUAGAAGAAAAAGAUGAAGUCAAAUGUCAUUUGCUGUUUUUCAAGAGUGUCCGUCUCAGUGAUACUGGCUUGUACCAGUGUAAACUGAAUCAUGACACUCUUCACAUCUUUACCCAUGGUACCUUCCUUCAAGUAUACAAACCUUUGCAGAAAACCCUAAACCUCAGCGAGAGUGUGAAGAACAGCAUUAUUACAGCAGAAGGAGUGUUGCUGCUGAUGUGUGUAUUGAUCCCUGGCACCAUGCUCCUCUGUAAGUCAAAGAAGCUGAAUGAACUGGAGAGGAAGAAAGGACAGGAGGAAGAGAAUAUCUAUGAGGGUCUAAACCUGGAUGACUGCAACUCAGCUUACCAUCAAAUUCAACGCUCCAAUCAGCAAGGCCCCUAUCAGGAUGUGGCCACCUGUGGAGAAGACAUUCAGCUUGAGAAGCCAUAGCUGGAGAAACAGGGAAAGGGUCCAUGUUAACAAGAUAGACAGACAAUGGAAAAGUGAACCCUGUGUAUUAUUUGAGAUCAAUUGUUUAAGUGGUGAUUUUAGCAUCUCGAGCCUGCUGUCAGUAUCUUGAAUCUCUCUAAUAGUUUAGAAGAUAAGCUUGUUUGUGUUUUGCAGUGGUAAAUCAAACACAUCCGCUAAUGAUUUGGAUGAAUUGUAUUAAACAUUUAGCUUUGUGUGGAUAUUUUGAUGAAUGUCACAUUUUAAGUGUGUCCUGGGGAAUAAAUAAACAGACAGACAGACUCCACUGGAUACUCAAAUUGACAAUUAAAUGACAAUACAAAGUGAGAGCAGACUAACUGAGAGAGCAACCUGCAUAGUAAUAGUUUGAAGAUAAGCUUGUUUGUGUUUAGCAGUAGUAAAUCGAACAUUUCUGCUAAUGAUUUGAAUAAACUGUAUAAAACAUU